GGACGAGGGAGGGAUGAGGGACGAGGGAGGGAGGGGGCGGAGGCCCCGCGCCCCCCCUCCGCCGGCUCUUUGCAGACGGUCCCUGGCCGGGCGGCGGCGCCGGGCGGAUGCGGAGCGGGCGACCCGCCGAGGUGCCCGGAGGCAGCGCGGGGGCCGGGGGGGCCCGGGCCGCCCCCGCCAUGAGCGACCGCGGCGGCCGCCGCCGAGCCGUGAAGAAGGACGAGGAGCCCUUCGAGAUCGCGGUCCCCUUCGAGGAGCCCCCCCCCGUCGAGCCGCAGGUCUUCUACAGCCUCAGCCCCCCCCAGAGCAACUUCGAAGAGGGCGCGGGCCCCGGCGUGCGGGCGCAGCUGCACCUGGCGCUGGAGCGCAACGCCUGGCUGCAGAAGCGCAUCGAGGACCUGGAGGAGGAGCGCGACUUCCUGCGCUGCCAGCUCGACAAGUUCAUCUCCGGCGCCCGCGGCGACCCCGAGGAGCCCGGCCGGGGCCGCGGGGGGCCGCGGGGCCGGGCCGAGGCCACCGACGACGACAGCGCGGCCUCCUCGCCGGGGGCCCCCUCCGAGGACGGCGCCGGCCCCCGCAAGGGCCCCCGCGGCCCCCGCGGCCCCGCCGCCCGCCGCCGCCUCGCCAAGCCCCGCACCCGCGAGCGCCAGCGCGUGAAGGACGCCGACGGGGUGCUGUGCCGCUACAAGAAGAUCCUGACGACCUUCCAGAAGCUGAAGAGCAUGAGCCGGGCCUUCGAGCACCACCGCGUCGACCGCAACACGGUGGCGCUGACGACGCCCAUCGCCGAGCUGCUGCUGGUGGCCCCCGAGAAGCUGGCGGAGGUGGGCGAGUUCGACCCGGCCAAGGAGCGGCUGCUCGAGUACUCGCGCCGCUGCUUCCUGGCGCUCGACGACGAGACGCUGCGCAAGGUGCAGGCGCUCAAGAAGAGCAAGCUGCUGCUGCCCAUCACCUACCGCUUCAAGCGGUGAGGGGGGGCACCGGGACCCCCCCGGGCCCCCGGGCGCCUGGGUCCUCCCCGAGACCCCGCCAAGAGCCCCCAACCCGGCCUGGAGCCCUCCCAGACGUCUGGGUCCUCCCCAAGAGCCCCCCAGGACCCCCAGGUCCUCCCCAGGGCCCCCCAGCCCGGCCUGGAGCCCCCCCGGACGCCUGGGUCCUCCCCAAGAGUCCUCCAAGACCCCCCCAAUCUGGCCUGGAGCCCCCCCAGACGCCUGGGUCCUCCCCAAGAGCCCCCCAGGACCCCCAGGUCCUCCCCAGAGCCCCCCCCAGCCCGGCCUGGAGCCCCCCUGGACACCUGGGUCCUCCCCGAGACCCCCCCAGGACCCCCGGGUCCUCCCCAGAGCCCCCUGGACACCUGGGUCCUCCUCGAGACCCCUCCAAGAACCCCCAGCCCGGCCUGGAGCCCCCCCAGGUCCUCCCCAGAGCCCCCUGGGACCCCCCCGGGACCCCCGGAUGCCUGGGUCCUCCCCGAGACCCCAACCCGGCCUGGAGCCCUCCCAGAUGUCCAGGUCCUCCCCAGAGACCCCCAGGAGCCCCACAGCCUGGCCUGGAGCCCCCCCGAACGCCUGGGUCCUCCCCGAGACCCCCCCCGGAACCCCCAGGUCCUCCCCAGAGCCCCCCAAGAGCACCCCAGCCUGGCCUGGAGCCCCACGACCUCCCCCCAGACACCUGGGUCCUCCCCGAGACCCCCCCCAGGACCCGCCUGGACACCUGGGUCCUCCCCAGAGCCCCCCAACCCGGCCUGGAGCCCUGAGAGCCCUGCCCGGACGCCUGGGCCCCCCCUCAGGACUCCCUGGGCCCCCCUGGACGCCUGGGUCCCCCCCCCGGCGGGGGUGAGGGGGUCCCAGCCCCACCCUUCCCCCACAAUUGGGACCCCCCAGAGCCCCCCGGACACCUGGGCCCCCUCUGGGGGGGGGUGAGGGGGUCCCUGCCCCCACCCCAGCUCGGUGUCAGUGACGUCUCCGCCCCCCCAUCCUCCCCCCCGCCGUCGCCCGGACCAGGGAAAAAGCAAGAAAAGGAAAAAAAAGAGAAAAAAGUUCCGAAAAAGGAAAAAAACACAAAAAAGCCGCUUUCUGCGGAGAGACUUUGGAUUAAAGAGAGCAGGAACCGGCGCUUUGGGACAGA